AUGGCCUCCGAAUAUGACAGCGAGAUAGAUGAAGCCGCAAACCACGGCUCAAUCCCAUUUUGGAAGCGCUGUCUCCUCUGCGGCACCGACCUGGAGCUGGACUGGCCAUACCUGCCCGAAAUAAAUCCCUCAGAUAUCAAGAACCACGCACAUGGUGAAUGGAGACGGGGUGCUGAAUUGGGUUGCUCCUUCUGCAAUAUCGUGGUCUCUGUCGUCGACGAUGCUAGGAAGCAACACGGAUGUUCGAUUUCAGAUGGUUAUGGUAGGAUUCUUUCAGCUUUGCCAGAUCGCAAGUACACGUUAAAGGGCUUUCAAGUGUUCCUGGGACUCAAUGAGUCAACGGACCGAUAUCUUUUAGCCCUCGAGUUUGUCUGGAUGCCGCUGCUGGUAGACCCUGAAGAGCAGAACGAGUUCUGGGGCACCAUAACUAUUUAUCUUGACGGGCCGGACAUAUUCAAUACGCAACUAGAGCCCUUCUUUGAGAUUCCAAGACAUAGUGGUUCAGCAGAGGCGCUGGAUAAUGCGCGCCAUUGGCUCACUGCAUGCCAAAAUGAUCAUCCAGACUGCUCCGGAGACCUCAAAAAGGAUCAACACAUAUUAGAACCACCCUCUGAUUCAUGGAUCCGCAUACUCGAGAUAUGCGAGGAGAAGUUGAGGCUCACAUCCGUGAAGCUCGGUGAGGCUCUCCCGCCGUAUGUGGCAUUGAGCUAUUGCUGGGGUUCGUGCCCGACUUUGAAGACGCUAUCCACGAAUAUCGAGAGGUUCUGGGUUGGUAUUGAACAUCGGGAUCUCCCAUCUACUUUUGUAGAUGCAAUAAAAGUGACGAAGUUGCUCGGGUUUGACCACAUAUGGAUUGACUCUCUUUGCAUUAUCCAAGACAACGCCACUGACUGGGAGGAGCAAUCGAGUCUGAUGGCCUUCGUUUACGGAAAUGCGGACCUGGUUCUAGCAGCCUCGGGGGCUUCGUCAACAGAAGAUGGCUUUCUCAAGGAACGAAAAUGCUACAGAGAAACGUCUCUACGACUUGCCUGCGUUCAGAACAAGGACAGUUCUUUGAAUUUGAGGUACAGGCUUCUGCAACCCAAGGAUAUGGAACCGAUGCUCGAUCCGUUAGACCGCCGGGCCUGGGCCCUCCAGGAGCGCCUCUUGGCUCGCCGAUAUCUGGCAAUUGGAUCACACGACACGUCCUGGACAUGCAUGACUUCGUCGGCAUGUGAAUGUGAAUGGUGGAGGGUUGCAUCGAUAUGGCGAAACGAGAUCAUUAACAUCAAGAAGCUCAUACAAGAUAUGACAGCUGAGGAUCUGGGCGUCUUCUGGAGGGGACGCGUCCUUCGUCAUUAUCUCGGACGUGACCUUACAGUUCCCUCCGAUAACUUGGUCGCACUAUCCGCAAUAGCCUCAAUCUUCCAGAAGAAAUCAAGGUCGAAAUAUUGUGCAGGUAUCUGGCAAGAUGAUCUCAUCCUUGGCCUCCUGUGGAUAUGUCCUAGUGGAAGGAUCGGCUACGCUUCGGACAAUUCUGCUCCGAGCUGGAGUUGGGCUUCUCUCCCGUUCUCGUGCGUGAGUGGGAACAUAAUAACCUGUGCAGACUCACAAAUCGAAGCACAAGUGAGAGUUCUGGACGUCAACACAGUUGUCCCGACACUAAAUCAAUUUGGAUCUGUGUGUUCCGGAUUCGUCAAGCUCUCAGGGAGAUUGUGGACAGCUGAGGUUACGGCCCGUGAACUUGCUUCAGAAAGUGCAAUCAAGUAUCCCACGCUGAGGGUGAAGGGCUACCUCGAAAACGACUUUGCCCUUUACUUUGACACGUCCCUGAUAGUGGUGGAGAUGUGUCCUCUCGACACGGAUGAGGGAAGCUCGCUGCGACGAGUCCGACGUGAAGAGUUGGAGGAUAGCUUUUAUAUCAGGAGUGUCCAAGAAAGCGAAAAGAUUAACUUGUUCAUGGUACCGCUACUGAAAGGGGUCUUUAUGUCACAGAUACGCGACACUCAUGGGCUGAUACUGGGAAGGUCACCCAAGGAUCCCACGAAGUUCGAAAGAGUCGGCGUGUUCUCCACUAGUCAUCUGACUGCUGUUGACCCGUGUCAGCAUCAUGGUAGUAGUCUGGACGACUGUGAUGGGCAGGAAUUGGUCAUUAUUUGA